AUGUAUAGAGUAGACGUGGAGAACAUGUUAAGAGAAUACUCCAACGCCUACAAUAACCGAACCCGAUACCCAAACCCGUUUGCUGAUACAGACUUUGAACCCGAUAAUUUCGAGUCGGAUGAGUUCAGAAUGUACAGCUUCAAGGUCAAGAGAUGCCCUUUGAUGAGGGCACAUGACUGGACUGUCUGCCCGUACGCCCACCAAGGCGAACGGGCUAGAAGGCGUGACCUAAAGAAGGUGCUCUACGUGGCAGUUUCCUGCCCGGAUUAUCGGGCCUCAAACGGAAACUGCCCAAGGGGCGAGCUUUGCGAAUACGCUCACGGCGUGUUCGAGUACUGGCUCCACCCAACCAAGUACCGAACCCGGUUUUGUAAUGCUGGUAACCGUUGCACCCGUCCAAUCUGCUUUUUCGCCCACUCAUUGAAGCAACUUCGAGCUGAGCCAAUGGCCCACGUCCCUAAGUGGGUCCGACUAGCCCUCCGUACUCAAAAACUUGAUUUACAGGCCCCGCCUGCUGAGCCAUCAUUGUCCGCCACUAAUGCUGCUACUCACAAUAGCAGCACUAGUGGCGGACGUGAGGUGGGCGUGAUUGGACGCCCUAGGAUGUCCAAUACUACUCCCACGCCCACCUCGGCCUUAUGGGAACUUCAACUUCCUAGUAGUAAUAUUAAUAGUAGGGCCCCACCAACGGGAAGGCCUCAAGAAUUAAAAUUAGAGUUUUUGGAGACUCUAAGGAUGCUUAGUAUUAAUGACUACUACAAGGUCUACAACAACAAUCAAGUGGUCCAAAACCACAACGUUGAUAGAGAAAACGUGAAUUCGGACGGGCCGAGAUUCGAUUGGGUGUCGGAUUUGUUGGCUGGUUGA